AUGGACACGAAGCAUUGCAUCUCAAUCACACUGGCUGUUCUCCUGGCGUUCUGCUCCUCUCGAGCUGCGUGCCGAAUCGUGUACGAGAAAUCCGCCGCUAACAGCACCGUUAUUGGCGAAGCAGCGGCCAAAUUCGCGAGGAUCAGAAAUGCCAAAGCCGAGCUGACGAUAAACGGGUUCCAGAAGGGCGAGUCAGGUGGCGGGCCGUCAGAGUGCGACGGCAAGUUCCACCCGGACGACACGCCGGUAGUGGCGCUGUCGACCCCGUGGUACGCUGACGGGCAGCGGUGUUUCCGGUCCAUCACCAUUCGAGGGCCCAAUGGGAAUUCGGCGACAGCACGCGUGGUGGAUGAAUGCGACGUCGCGCACGCCCACUGCAAGCCCAAUAUCGUCGACGCCUCCAAAGCCGUGUGGGAAGCCCUGAAGGUGCCGCGCAACCAGUGGGGCCUAAUGGCGGUCACGUGGUCAGACGAUUGA